AUGGGAUUGGAUCAAAUGAUUGUUUAUGAAAAGUUUAUGAAGGAUUUUAUGAAAUUACACUUCUCGGAUGGAGAUGGAGAGUAUUCUUUCAGACCUGGAUGGAAAGAAAUGAUCCAAGAAUUAAGGAGUCUUGAUGCUUCCCAAUUUCAACAAGUUGCCAAUAGCAAUUCUAGUGGAAAAACAGGAGAUUUAUUCGAUUUUCUUCCAGAAUUGUCUCUUGGCAAGGAAGAGGACACAUUGGAUCAAUCAUCAACGUUAGAAGAAACUCAGACACCAUCUCCGAAGUAUCCAAUUAAAUACAGGCUUGGAGAGUUUCAAUGUUACCAAAACACAUCUAUAGAUAAUAUGUCAGAUCUUGGGGAUGUACUCAAAGUUUGGAGAGAUAUUAAUUCACUUUCAGACGAACACGAGAAAAACAUCACGGUUAUGUGUUUUAUUCAGCACAUCACCACAAAACCACGCUCUAAUUCACCAUUUAUUCAUUUGUGUGAAAUUACCGGAGAAAAGCAUGACCAUGAACAACAAUUUUGGAUUCAUCAGGUCAUGGAAGAAUUUUUGGACAUUUAUUUUAAUCCUUCCCUUGACCAGCUCAGGUUAUUGACAGAUUUCAUACUCCUUUUUGUUUCCAUAUUUUCUGAAUUUAGACUAAUUGAUCUAUGCUCAAUCAAAGCCAAGCUAUUAGAGUUGGACUGGUUCCUUCCUUUUAUAAUGUAUUUAUUAUUUUCUUAUUUUUAUCCACUGAGAGACGCAACUUUUACAUUGUUGAAGAUAAUGAUUCCAUUCCCAUACCUGGCACAAGAUUAUUCUCAACAGUCAAGCAAUAAUGAUAAUUGGUUUGUGACGAUAGACAAAAAACAAUUUGUUACAGAUAGUUUAUCCAUCUAUAUAGAAUUGACAGAUUGUAAAAACUGGAUGACCCAGCUAGGUGAUCAUACUUUUAAAACAAAAUUUCUAUCUUUGACCUUUAAUGAGGCGAAAGCUGUUGUUAAAGAGUAUGAGCGAUGGUUUUUUGGAUCAAGUACUGUCAAUGAGGACGAUGAAGAAACACUUAAUAGACUAUCAGAAAAAAUUGACAGAAUUAUUCAUAGCAAUACGUUUUUAGGCUCUGCAUUCGUGAAACUCAGUCAUAGAUCUCCUAAAGACGCUGCAUUUAGAGCUAAAAACUAUGAAGGAAUGGUCCAUGAAAUGGUAUUAGAGUUUCAUGAAAAAUACAACUUGGAAAUGGAAAAUCAAGAAAAUGGAGACUUGAAGAUCAAGAAUAACAAGUAUCAAUCCGCCAUCUCACAAAUAUGUGCUCAAAAAUGUAUGAAAGUAACUUCUGGAAAGGAAUUCAUUAAUUUAAUGAGCACAAGUUAUAGAUCUCAUGUUGAUUUAUCAAUCAUGUUGCAAAGCAUUUCCGAAAGUGGCCACAUUCCAGAUGAAAUGCCGAUACAAAUUGUGGUUAGAGAAUGGACUGAUUUACCAAUAUGGAGGGAGGUGCGAACAUUUGUGAGGAACCGAAAAAUAACUACAAUGUCUCAGUAUUUUAGUACAUCUUAUUUUCCUCAAGUUACAAUGGAUGAAUGGAAAAAAAUUAAGGAUAUUAUUGUUGAGAGGUUUGACAAUCAAUUUUCGAAAAUUCUUCCAUUGGAUGAUUGUUGUGUGGAUUUUGUUGUUUUGAAUUUAGAGCAGAGACUAGUGAAAAUUAUCGAACUCAACGCUUUUGGAGACAAUUGUGGACCGGCUUUAUUCAAUUGGGAUAACGAUGCGGAUCGGCUCUUAAUGUAUAAUGGGCCUCUAGAAUUCCGAGUAGGAACACCAAAUAUACAUGAGAGCUAUAAAAUUGUUGAUUAG